AUGGUGUACAUUGUACCCAAUAGGUAAUUUUUCAUCCUUCACCCAACCUCCCACCCUCCCACUUUUUGGAACCUCCAGUGUUUAUUAUUCCUAAGUAGGAGAUUUUUUAGUUGGGAAAAGAAAAAUUGAAGCCUGGAUAUGAUCUUGAAUAUAUACACACAGGCACACACAAGUGUGCACAUACGUACCCAUAUGCAAAUGUGUACACACACACAUGCUGAGCCUGUGUGCAAAAUCAUAGUCCCUCAUCUGUUACUGAUCCAGGACUUGAUGGAUCUGGGGCUUUUCAAGAUUCAGAGACAAGAGUUGGUAACAGGAAUAAAUUUGAUGGGAGUGGAGACAGUAGGAGGUAGAGGCACACCAGAAUCCUAAGAAGCACGACAAUAUAGCAUGCAUUAAGAGCAUAGAAUAUGAAAUCAACAACCUGAAUUUGAAUCUAUCUCUUACUAGCUGUGUUACCAAGAUAAUUCAUCUCUCUCCACUUCCAUUUUCCUGCGGGUAGGAGGAGUUGAUAACAAUUCUCCCUCGUGUCUUUUUGUGAGGACCAACUCAGGUAACAUUUGUAAAGCACUUACUUGAGAGGCUGCCAGGUCGUGAACACUGUGCUCAGGAUCUAGACAAGUACUUGUGGUGACAAUAACAGUGGCAAGUAGUGGUAGUAGCAAGAGUGAUAAAACCAAGCAAAAUAAUAUUCUCCGGUAACUGAACAAGAAAAUGUCUGAAACUUAGGUGGAAUCAGAAACUCAAGUUAUGGGGAGAGUAGAGGGGAAGGGAGCCAGCCUGACCAAUAUCUCUUGGGCAUUAACUCAUGCUGUUUCACAGCGUAAAUGGAGAGUGCAGUGAAAUUCCUUUGGUUUGUGACUCAACAGGAAACGAUGGUGAAUGUAGUGUUGAAUGUAAGUAUACAAAAAAAUUCUUUCUAAAGUCUACUUCCAGCUGGAAGGAAUUUGCUAAACCCCAAUAGCUUCAGGAUCAAUUCUUGAUCAAUGCUUAUUUGGGUAAUAUAACAGGGGUCAUCUAAUACCCAAUAUCCUGAACUGGGGAGAACUUUGUAUGUGAAAGCCAAUGCUUGACACAAAUCCAUCAGCUGAAGAAGGCAGUUUGGUUGUAUGUACCUCCUGCAACAAAAGCUAAUUGGCAGGUAAAGUAAAGUAAACUGGCAGGACAGCUUCUCAUCCCUGCCAUGUUUCUGAUGAUGCCUGGUGGCCAUUGCCACAACCCGUUACUCAGGAUGUAGCAUCAGGUAUGUGGUUCCAGUGGGGCUUAGAGGACAAAGACACAUCACGGACUGAGAUGCUGGGGGGAGUGGGUAGGUAUCAGGGAGGAUGAUAAAGUGUGAGUUGCUGCUUUGGCUAAAUUUUCCAACCACUAGCAGUCAAUCUACCCUAUGCUUUGAAGUCGCUUCAUGAAGCUCAGGGAGAUGCAAAUAGAAGGCAUUGAACAUCCUGGCUCUCUAUCUCUUUCAGGAAAUGCACUUGGAUUUGUUUUGUGGGAAAGAACAGGUAAAGGGUUUCAACUGCUUCCCAUGGACCAAAGAAGUUCUGAGCUGUAUUCUGUUUCCUCCACAGAUGAUGGGCACACUUUAGCUAACAUCCUUGAAACUGACUAUGUUGGCUACCUUAUCUAUCAUGCUGAGAAUUCCAACAAUGAGGGAAAAUCUCAAAUUAUGGAGCUCUAUGGCCGCGAACCAGAUGUGAGCCCAGAACUCAAGGAAAAGUUUGUGGAAUAUUGUAGAGCACAUGGAAUUGCUCAGGAAAACAUACUUGACUUGACCAAAAUUAAUCGCUGUCUCCAGGCCCGAGACAAUGCACUGGUCUAAGCCUCCAGGUGGGUGAUCUCUGACCCUGGUGGAGAGUGGUGGCCCAGGGACCAGCGUCUUCCAAAAGCAUUAGGGGUUCAUAACCAAAUAUUACCAUAAAAAUAAUUUGGUAAUGAAGUUUGUGCAGAGAGCUUGAAAUUUGGAGUUGAAAGACAUGGAUUGAAGACCCAGUUCUGCCAUGAGCUUUUGGGAAAAUAACCUAAGCAAUUAAAAAGGAAGCAAUGAUGUUGCCUAACAGAGUUGCUGUGUGGAUGUGAUGCCGGUAAAAACAGCUCAGUAAUUCAUGAUGUGCUGAAAAUCACUGAGACAAAGUUUGAAAUGGAAUAAAGAGUAGGAGUACUUUAGCAAUUUGCAGAAAGUAAGCAUUUAAGAAAAGGUAGCUAUGCCUUUUCUCAUUUAUUCCUCUUAUCAAAUAUUCUCCAAAACUUCUAAUGGUGAAGGUGGCAGAAAGAAACCAAGAGUCCUUUAUUGCCUCCUUUCUGGUUUUUCUAGAUUCAGUGGGGAAAGGUUAAGAUAGCAUUAGCAACAGUAAAAAGAAAAGGUCACUUACUCAAUACCCUUCCUUCUAUUCUAGUAAAUAAU